AUGCCCUCCACUCGCUGCGUCGCAAGGGCUCGAACGCCAGAGCAUCAAGACUCGAACAUGAAGGAGUUGGUGCCGUGCAUCCUCUUGGCUUUCGCCUUCCUCCUCCUUCCUCGGGAAACUCUUCAAGAUUUCUUUUGCUCCAAGGCUCCUUCGUCCCUCUCAUUGACGACCGAGCUCUGCGGACAGUCGACGUCGACGGGAUCGACAGAAUUCGCCUGGUUGACCCGUCCAUGGACGAGGUUCGUGGGACCAACCAUGGGAUUGAUGGUGAGACCGGAUUCGUUGCUCGUGGGUGGAUCCCCGGCCGCCAUAAGCGAAGCGCCUUUCAUUGCCUACAUCGAAGCGAGCUACCCGGAUGGCACUGGUGACGGCUGUGCAGGCUCCAUCAUCAGCGAUAUGUGGAUCGUCACUGCCGGGCAUUGCAUCUACAACAGUAACAAGUCAGCCGAGAUCAUUUUGGGUCGCACUCUCUGA